AUGGGCUCAACCAACGGCGACGAGGCUGCCACCCCAGCGGCAACCGCAGCCGGUGACGUCAAGCUUCGCCGGGCGCACAGAAAGUCUCGUAACGGCUGCAAGGAGUGCAAGCGCCGCCAUGUCAAGUGCGACGAGACGCGUCCGACAUGCGUCAACUGCGCGACCGCCGAGCGGCACUGCUCCUACCUCGACUCCCUCCCGGCAUCGGCCCGCUCAGCCGUCCCGGCCAAGCGAGUCCUCGUCGCCGGCGGCUACAGCCCGGCCCAGAGCCCCGGGAGCACGAGCGCGAGCGGGAGCCAGCUGCCCAUGUUCGGCAACUACACCUCCGCCUCCUCUCCUUCCAUCACCGCCGUCGUCAACGACUUCGUCACCCGCUCCGGCGAGUCCAAUGAGGUCCUGCGCCCGGCCAACGGCCAGUUCUUCACCCUCGACCACCUGCGCCUCUUCCGCCACCUCCAAGUCGGCAUGCCCACCUUCGUCGGCGAGGAGAAGUUCCUGAGGCCCAUGCUGGACAUGAGCAUGGAGGCCGCUCUCGGCGCCCCUUACCUCAUGGACAUCAUGCUCUCCCACGCAGCCAUGCACCUGGCCGACACCGAGACAGACCCGGCGCGCGCAGAGGUCUACCACCAGCACGCCGCCCAGCUCCAGACACGCGGCCUCAUGCUCUUCAACGAGGCCAAGGAGGAGGUCUCGGAGGACACCUGCAUCCCCAUGUUCCUCUUCUCCUCCACCGUCGGCACCCAGGUCCUCUGCGAGACCCUCCGCACCAACCGCAACGACUUCAACGCCUUCCUCGACCAGUUCGCCUGGUACCUCAGCCUCCACCGCGGCGUCAGCGCCGUCACCGGCCGCUCCUGGCACAUCAUCCGACAGUCCGGCGCCAAGGAGUUCAUCGACUUCCUCGAGGCCAGGCAGCCCCACGCCCAGGUUCCCGAGAUGGACGCCGUUCACCGCAUGCUCGACCAGGCCGACCUGGGCCCGGCAUCUCUCGAGGCCUGCCGAGCCGCCGCCGAGGUUCUCCGCCAUGCCUACGCCAUCUACCGCAGCAUCUCCGAGCGGAGCAGCCACCAGUCCUCCGGCGUCAUGGCCUUUGGCGUCCGCAUCACCACCGGCUUCAUCGACGUCCUCAAGCAGCGUCGCCCCGAGGCACUCGUCAUCCUAGCUUACUACGCCGUGCUCCUCCAUUGGUGCCGCGGGUAUUGGGUGUUUUGCGAUGCGGGUCAGUUCAUGAUCCGCUCCAUCUCGGCGCAUCUUGGCGAUUACUGGUCGGAAUGGCUCGCCUUUCCCAACUCUGUGCUCGAGGACUGCCAGCAGCAACAUGCAGGUUGA